UGGGCCGGCGGGCGGAAGUGCUUUGCGAUCAAUUCGAAGUCACUUCACUUUCAGAGGAAAGGGAAUAGAGGGGCAGCAGGGGCGUAAGGCAGGAGAUGGCUGAAGAAAUUGAAGGAAAGGUUACAGUGAACUUUCCCUUUCCUUAUACACCAUAUCCCAUUCAAGAGCAAUUUAUGGCUAAACUUUAUCAGGUCUUGGAGAUGGGGAAGAUUGGCAUAUUUGAGAGCCCAACUGGCACAGGUAAAUCAUUAAGUCUGAUUUGUGGUGCUCUUUCCUGGCUCCGAGAUUUCGAAGAGAAAAAGAAACUGGAGGAGUCCCGGCUAUUAGCAACUGAAAUGACUGCAAAAGAUGAACUCAGGAAAAGCAGUACAAAGCUUUUAGACAGCCAGCCAAUGACCAAUGAACCAGACUGGAUAAUGCAAUUUGUGCAGGAGAAAAAAGAGCGGGAAAUGAUACACAGACUGAAGGAAGAGCAGAUCAGGAAGAAGAAGCGAGAAGCAUGCCUUGAGCAAAUUCGACACAAUGUGAAAUUGAAAUAUGCGUCUAAAAGGAAGCGGAUGGACGAGGAAGAGGCAGAGCACCUGCUUCAGCUCAGUAAGGACAUUUUACCUUCCCCAGCUAAGCCUGGUUCUUUGGAGGUUUUAGAUGUGAACGAGGAAGAUCUGAUCCUUACAGAAUAUGAGAGCGAUGAGGAGCAGAAAAUAGGAAAUAGGUUAAGUGGAGUGGAUAGUGACGAUGAUGACCUAGAGGAAGAGCAUGUUACAAAGAUUUAUUACUGCAGCCGGACACACUCCCAGCUGGCUCAGUUUAUCCAUGAAGUUCAGAAGAGCCCUUUCGGUAAGGAGACUCGUCUGGUGUCCUUGGGCUCUAGGCAGAACUUGUGUGUGAACGAAGAGGUGCGGUGCCUGGGAGCUGUCCAGCUCAUCAAUGAUCGUUGUAUGGAGAUGCAGAAGAAUAAACGUGAGAAGAAUACAGGAGCAGAGACCGAGGGCAAGAAGAGACGUGUGAGCCGAACAGUAUGUCCAUUUAGUGCCUAUGAGCAUCUGCAGCUGCUUCGGGAUGAAGUUCUGGUAGAGGUGAAAGAUAUAGAGCAACUGGUGUCUCUGGGGAAGGAAAUGAAGGCCUGCCCUUAUUACGGAAGCCGAUACGCCAUCCCAGCUGCUCAGUUGGUAGUGCUGCCAUACCAAAUGCUUCUGCAUGAAGCUACUCGAAAUGCAUCUGGGAUCCAGCUGAAGGAUCAGGUAGUGAUCAUUGAUGAAGCUCACAAUCUGAUAGAUACCAUUGCUUCCAUCUACAGCACCCAGGUGACGGGCUCACAGCUGUGCUGCGCCCAUUCUCAACUAUGGCAGUACAUGGAACGAUACAGGAAAUGCUUGAAAGCUAAGAAUCUGAUGUACAUUAAGCAGAUUUUGUUUUUGCUGGAGAAGUUUGUGGCUGUUCUUGGAGGAAAUGUAAAUCAGAAUCCAAAUAAGCAGACCAUACCAGAAGCAGGGGUACAACUGAAAUCCAUCAAUGACUUUCUGUUCCAAUGUCAAGUUGACAACAUCAAUCUCUUCAAGGUGCGGCGCUACUGUGAGAAAAGCUGCAUCAGCAAGAAGCUGUUAGGAUUUGUGGAAAGAUAUGGGGUUUUCAAAGCCAAGAAGGAAGACCAAAAGUUGGCUGGCUUGCAGAACUUUUUGCAAACCUUGAAAAGGAAACCAGAAAAAGAAGGUGCUCUGCAAAGUUCUCCUGGGGAAGGUGAGGAUGACCACCCCAAAAUGUCAUCUCCGCUAAUGCACAUUGAAAGUUUCCUAGCUGCACUCACAAAUGCAAAUCAAGACGGGAGAGUCAUUCUCAGCAGGCAAGGUACUUUAGCAUUGAGCAGCCUCAAGUUCCUUUUGCUCAAUCCAGCUGUGCAUUUUGCCACGGUGCUGAAAGAAUGUCGAGCUGUGAUCAUCGCUGGGGGCACCAUGCAGCCGGUGGCUGACUUCCGGGAACAGCUGCUUUUGGGUGCUGGUGUUGACACUGACAGGAUUGAGGAAUUUUCCUGUGGUCAUGUGAUUCCCCCUGACAACAUUUUACCCAUCAUCCUCUGCAGUGGUCCAUCCAAUCAGCUGCUGGAAUUUACAUAUGAGAAAAGAGGCUUGCCUCAGUUGAUGGAGGAGACGGGGCGGAUUCUUUCUAAUCUGUGCAACGUUGUCCCUGGAGGUGUGGUGUGCUUCUUCCCCUCCUAUGACUAUGAGAAGCAGGUAUACAUGCACUGGGAAAAGACAGGAUUGCUUACCCGGCUGACUACUAAGAAGAAGAUAUUUCAAGAACCCAAGAAAGCGAACCAAGUGGAGCAGGUCUUGGCAGAAUACGCCAAGUGUAUCAAGCGCUGCAACCUAGCAGAUGGCCCCAUGACAGGAGCAUUGCUGUUUUCUGUAGUUGGUGGGAAAAUGAGUGAAGGAAUCAAUUUUUCGGAUGACCUGGGAAGGUGUGUGAUUAUGGUGGGCAUGCCCUACCCCAACAUAAAAUCCCCAGAACUUCAGGAGAAAAUGGCUUACCUUGAUAAAACAAUGCCAAAGUGUACAGGCCAAUCUCCAGGAAACUUGCUCAUUGAAAAUCUGUGCAUGAAAGCAGUCAAUCAGUCAAUAGGAAGAGCAAUUCGGCAUCAAAAGGACUUCGCUAGUAUUGUGCUUUUAGAUCACAGAUAUACACGUCCAGCUAUUCUCAACAAACUUCCUCAGUGGAUUAAAAGCAGAACCCAAAUCAAGACUGGGUUUGGACCAGCUUUUGCAGCACUAAGAAAAGUAAGUCCUGAAUCAGACUCCAUUUGCAAAUUCCUAUGGAAUGAUAUAAUCCUAGAGAAUCCAGGCAUCAAUCAGUGCUAGACUCUUGAGAUUUAUUUUUUCCUGCUGUUGAAAGGUGCUCAUUAUUAUCUCUACUGACUUUCAUCACUGCAUGCCUCAUGCAAUUCCUAAUUUCUAUCUUGCAGUUCCACUGGGAGAAGAAAUCAAAUUCCAAGUCUGUCUCUUUGUGAGGAAUAACAGAUCUACUCAAAGCUGCUGCCUCCACCCACCCAAAAUGUCUACUGUGUAUUUAAAUGCAUUACACUUUUAUUGCCUGAUUUUAAUUUUGAGUAUGUUUUUUCUUCCAGUCACUAAAGAAGUUUUUUGAACUCAGCAUGCUUUGUGUAGCAUAUAAUAUCAAAGUGAUACAUGAGAUUAGGGUUGGAGAAGAGGCGCUUUCUUCUGUUUAUGGUAGAAUUGCAUUUUCCAUGGGAGAGAUUAGGACAAUAACAUUGUUCCCCCUGCCCCUUGAUUUUGCAAUAUCAGUGCCACUUGGAUUUUAUUUUGAGGUUAUAAUGUAUGCUAUUCAGAGUUCAACUAUUCAGGUAGUUAACAGGGGUGUGCAAACAUUUUGAAAUUGAAACAGAGCUUGAAGUGGUUAUUUCAAGUUUAAAUUAGCUUGUUCUAACCAUUCUGAAAGCAUUUCACGCUCAAAACAGCUAUUUCAAAUUCAAAAUGUUUUCUAUACCACUAGCAGUCAUCGUUGCUAAAAUCUGUGUGUGGGAUAUAAUCAGUUACAGACUCCAGGUUCUCCUUUUUACUGGACCUUGACAGAUCUGUUUUCCCUUUCUUUUAGACUAGAGAAGCGAUGCUGUGCUGCCAGCAUCAAAUGGGGCCAACUACGAAGUAAAAGGAAAAUAAUAUCUGCUAUGGUGUAUUAGGCAGGAUAUUGAGUGGCACAGGGAUCACUUUAGCUUUUGAAGCACUGCUCUUUCAUUAAUCCAUUCACCCAAGGAAUGCUUAACUUCAAUUUGCUAUCCACCCUUAAGCAAAAGCUGCUGAUUUAGGGGAACAACAUAGGUCUACUGUUGUGUUUGGUCAAGGUUAGCUUUGGGAGGGUGGAUGAUGGAAAGGAACUGCUAAAAAGCACUUUUUAAAAAAAGCUUGUAUAAGCAAAAGCUGAUAAAAAAAAAAACUCCACCCCAAAGGGCUGUGCAGCAUUUCAGAUGCAAAGGCAAAAAGGGGGUGAAAAACUGUGGGACAGAUCUGUCUACAACUCUUCAAAUCAGCAUUUCUCAACCUCAGCAAGUUUAAGAUGUGUGGACUGGGGAGUUCCAGGAGUUGAAGUCCACACAU